AUGCCUGCUCCAACGAAGAAGGAUCUGCAAGAGCGCGUGACCGAGCUUCAGCAGCAGAUGCGCGACACCAACGAAGCACACAGCACCGAGCUGGCUGCUAUGCGCGAGGCUCUUCAAGCCGUUCAGAACGAGCUCGCGGCCGCGCGCCAGCAAGUCGUCACUGCCACUGAAGAAGCUGAGGCUGCUCGCCUCGAAGCCGAGGCCGCUCAGCAGGCACGCGCUACCGCUGAGGCAGCGGUUGUCACGCUUCAGCAACAGCUCGCUGCAGCCACAGCUGCGGCCGCACAAGCAAACACGGCCGCACAAGCAAACACAGCCGCUCAGGCCGCGCAAGGUGCUGCUGGAGGACAACCCGGGGCCGGUCCUAUGAUAUCUCCACCACCACCGGGUGUCGGCAUUCAGGCGGGUAUGCAGCUAGGCGAUAUGGAGUACCAGGCAAUACAGAGGGACGUCCGCACCCUCGUCACCCGCUCUCAGCUUGACUGGACCCAGGAUUUCCGUCGCCAAGACCCAGAGCGCAUGGGGAUGCUCUUCCGUGCUGCCCGCACUGCGCACCCUGUUCUUCGUCGGUACGAGAACAACUGGGCUACAGCGGCUAUCGCCCGUCAAUACAUGCAGAAUAAGCGGAAGCACGCGUACCGCAAGGGCUAUAUCAGCAAGAAGCGCCGCCGCACCUCCACAGAUGGUGACGAAGUCGAGGACAUUGACGAGGACCCUGUGGAUCAGGGUUGCAGUGGCAGCGGUGCUGGAGGUCGGGACGGUGAAGGCGGCCAUGGUGGUGCGGGCGGGGCUGCGUCAACGUCUGCCGCUGCCGCUUGA